ACCAAGUAUUUGUGGACUUAUGCGUGGAGCAAAAGAUGUUGGGGAAUCAACCUGAAAUGCAACCUAUAUUGGAAGCUUUUAAAGAAAUGAAGGGUGUGAGGUUUACCAUAGACCAGCUUAUGAAUCAUUGGGAUACAAUGAUCAAGCAGUGGGAGAUUUGGUGUAGACUUGUUCAAUGCAUAUAUAUGAAAUGGGAUCCCCACACAAACACGUUUGGUGCCAGUGAUCAAGAAUGGGCCAACUAUUUAGAGAUGAAUCCUGAGGCUGGACAGUAUCGGUGUAAUCCUCCCUUGUUCCUCAAGAAACUAGAGAUCAUCUUUGCUGGUAUUAACUUAGAUGGUGAAGGUACAUCUUCAGGUAGCAAAAUGAAGCAAUUAUGUGAGCAUCGUGAUGAAGUAAAUGAUACUGGAUAUAAAUCAAAGCUAAGCGCGUCUGAUAUCGCAAUUCUUCGUCGGUUUAAGUGGCCACCAUCCUCACAUGCGAUUUUUGUGGACGUGUGUUUCCAAGAGUAUUUAAAAGGAAACAGACCAAUCAGACGUAACCAAAUUUAUACAAAGGAAGCUUGGAAAAUGAUUCUUGAAGAAAUCAAUCGGAUCACAGGACUUAGAUACACUCAUAAGCAGCUCGAAAACCACUUUGAUCUUACCAGGAAAUCUUGGAAGAACUGGUGUAAAACUAUUGCAUCUCCCAUCAUGAAGUGGGAUGCCAAUACUCGCAAGUUUGGUGCAACCGAAGAGGACUGGGAUAAAUACUUGAAGGUAAAUAAAAAAGCUGGAGUGUUCAAAAGGAGACAUAUUCCUCACGUUGAUAAACUGGCAACCAUCUUCAAAGAACUAGUAGUCUACCCAAAUGAGCCAGGCACAGGAAGUGACAAUAGAGCUGAUGAUGCUGAGCCUACUCCACUGAUUAGGUCAGACUCAGAUUCCUCUUCUUGCUGUUGGAGAACUCAAGUUUGAGGAUGUCUUGGCUGCUUAAAUGUCAAUCUGCCUAAAAUAUCCUCUUAUUCUCCCAACUUUCUGCUAAACCCUAAAUUUAUCUUUUCAAGAAAACAGUUUAGUUUAUUUUAUGUUAUGUUGUUUUUCGUUCAAGUGUAUUCAUGUUAUUUUGAAAGUUCAACUUGUCAUAUACCAUUGUAUUUAAUGAUUAUGUAGAAUACUGUUUCGGUAUAAUGAUGUCGAACUCUCUGCCCUUGGAAUGGGUAUGUAUGUUCUUAAUCUCUCUUUAUUUAUUCUUCUGUUUAUGUUCUAUUGGGAUUGUAUUUUUAUUGCAGUAUACUCUGAUUCUUGACUUCAUUACACUAAUUUUUUCAGAAUAAAUUGUUUGUUGGUGA